GUCAGUUCUUGUGACGGUAAAUGCGGACAUUUUUUUUUUUUAAUCGACUUGGAAAGUAGCAGCUAAAAGUGAAGUAAUGUUAAGGUUGCUAGGUAGUUAAAAGCCGCAAAGAGUUCGGUAGCGAGGACUAACUGUUUUAUUCUGUGGGAGGAGAGUCACCGAUUUAUCAUCAUGCCUUUGGUGAUGCGGAAUAUCGAGCCGCGGCACCUGUGCCGUGAGACCCUGCCCAAGUCAGUGAGGAGUGAGCUGGAGUGUGUGACCAACGUCACACUGGCGAACAUCAUCCGCCAACUCGGUUCCCUCAGCAGGUUUGCAGAGGAUAUCUUUGGAGAGUUGUUUGUCCAGGCCAGUAUGUUUGCAGAUAGGGUGAAUACCCUUGGUGAAAGAGUGGACAAACUUCAGGUCAAAGUCACCCAGUUGGACCCCAAAGAGGAAGAGGUUUCACUGCAGGCAAUCACCACUCGCAAAGCUUUCCGUUCUAAUCUGAUUCAGGAUCAACAGCUCUUUACUCGGCCUUCCCUGCCUCAGCCGGUGCAGGAGACGUACCAAACCUGCAACAAGCCACCACCACUCAGCAUCCUCAGCGUCUACAGGGAGGAUGGAAAGGAGGCACUUAAAUUCUACACUGACCCAUCCUAUUUCUUUGAUCUAUGGAAAGAGCAGAUGCUACAAGACACCAAAGACAUCAUGAAAGAAAAACGGAAACAUAGGAAAGAAAAGCGAGAAAAUCCCAACCGGAGCAACCUGAACCCUCGCAAGAUCAAAACGCGUAAAGAGGAAUGGGAACGUCGAAAGAUGGGAGAGGAGUUUGUUGUCCCUAAAUCGGACUCUGGUCAUUCUAAGGAUGUGCUCAAUGGCAGCAUUGGGUCAGGUGAUGACAUGGGUACGAUAGACUCUGAGGGACUAGACCAAAGCACUGCUUCCUACAGUUACGAUCCUGGCUCUCCUCUCCCACCUCCGUUGUUGGAUGAUGAAGGUUUCCUGCCACCACCUCCCCCAGAUAUGACGUGUAAUGAUGUGUCAUAUGGAACCUCACCCCAGAGACCAGUUAGCAUUUUAAGCCCUACCCAUCCUCCUCCAGCUCCUCCAUCAAUGGCAACCUCUCCUCCUGGCCGUCCUUCAGUGGCGCCACCUGUCGCCCCACCUCCUCCCCCGCCCAUGGGGAUGACUCCACCCCCACCUCCCUCAGCAUUUGAUUCUCCUCCCUCUCCUACUGCUUUUGCCUCCAUUUCUCCCUCUGUUCCUCCACCACCACCCAUGGCUCCCAGUAUUCCAUCUACACCCCCUCCUCCUGGUGGGGCUGGACCCCCUCCUCCACCUCCACCCCCUCCACCCCCAGGCCCACCACCACCCUCCUUUGUUUCAUCAGCUCCUCCCCCUCCCCCUUCAGGUGGGCUCUCAGCUGCCUCUGCCCCCAAGCCUCAACCUGCCCCCGUCAGCGAUGGCCGCAGCGAUCUCCUGGCAGCUAUUCGCCAAGGCUUUAACCUACGUAAGGUGGAGGAGCAGAGGGAGCAGGAGAAGAGAGACUUCGUGGGCAAUGAUGUGGCAGCUAUCUUGUCUCGCCGUAUCGCUGUGGAGUGCAGUGAUUCUGAGGAUGAUUCCUCAGAGUUUGAUGAUGAUGAGUGGUCUGAAUAAGGCUAUAAUGCAUGUCAUGAGAGAAAUCAUUCCUGUAGACCAAAACUAUGUUUCCCUUUAAUGAGACCAACUACAGUAAAUGCAAAAGCGUGCGUGUGCGCGCGCAUGGUCUCUUCUAACUCCGAGUGAAUUAUUUAGAUGAUCAACCUGCUCCUGUUUCAGAGUGCCUGUUCCUCUGUAAUGUAGCUAUGAAUGAGUAAAUUGAGCUAGAGAGAGGGUUUUUUCCUUCUUUUUUUGCAUCUCCGUAUCAUAUCUGCAAAAGAUCAUUAUUAAUCACCUAAAGCUUUGCUUUGUUCAUACACCAAAGCCAAGUACAAUGCACAAUACAAGGCAGUAAAUUGGACAACUAGUAUUAUCUUUUUGCUCUUAUGGGUACAUUUUUCUCAUGGCAUUGGCUUUUAUUUGGAACACUUUCCCCAGAGUGAAAAGCACAAGGAGCCUAUAAAACUAAAAUGAUUAAAUAUAAAUAAGUUUGUUUCUUUACCAUCCUGUUGCCUUGGGAAUUGAUAUUUUGUCUAAGUGCUUUCAUUGUAUUGGUCCUUUGACCUUUGUGCCAGCUGUGGCAUUAUAGUAUUUUCUGUUCAGUUCCUUCUUCUGUCCUUUAGCUGAUUGUCUUUUUCCUAGACUUGGGCUCCAAACUGUAUGACUGUAUUGUGAUCUUUUUGUAUCCACGUAUGCCAAAGUCACGUAAGCCAAGAGGCUGGAAAAUGUUUAAAUUCAUAUACAGUGGAACGUAUAUUCAUUCGUUCAAAAGUGCCUGUUUUAUGUAAGAUUAAUGCCCAGUGAAGCUUCUCAAUAUCCAAAAAAAUAAUGGACAAGCUAAAGACUGUUGUUUUUAUAAUAUUUCAGUGCUUUUGCAGGCAUUAUCAGUUAUACCAUGGCCACCCUACCUGCCUUUAAACAGUGCUGGCUUUGUUUGUAUAUUUUGCUUCCUUAUAACCCAAUGAAAAGCCAACAUUCCAUUCCUAUCCAUAGAUUUCCAUUGUAACUUGUGGUUACAUUUCUGUGGGCAUUACAUUAUUCUGUUCGUUGCUUUUAAUUCAAUCCUUGACCUGCACUCUAGCCUAUAAAUAAUUACAUAAUAUGCAAAUUAGUGUAAUUCUUUUUUUAUAUGCUGAAAGUAUUGCAUUCCAACAUAUGGCCAUGGUAACAAAUAUCAGGAGCAUUGAUGUCAAACUGUUGGUAAAUAUGUGACUGGACCAUUACUUUAAAGCUAUCCUAAUAUUACAAGUAAAUAAAGAGAGCUGCCAGCCAAUCAAAGACUAAUAUUUUGGCCAUGGUAUGAUUUAGUUUAAGUGCCUAUUCCUUUUUCUGGAAAUUCUGCAAUAUUUUGAAAUCCAAAUUUUUUUUGUGUAUGGUGCGUAUGGAUUAUGAUCGUAAAGCUUUUCUAUUGGUGGGUUAAUUAAAUAAAGACCUUAAAUUACAA